GUUCGCCUGCUCAACAUGUCCAUCACAGCAGCUCCCAAGCAGGAGACUGCACCGGACCCCACCCCUCCGCCGCCGCCUCUGCCUAACCCAUCUACAGGCAGUGCAAAUCCCGCUGCAUCGCUGCCCGCCCUCUGGGGAUAUCUCCAGCCCGCUCUGAACCAUAUCGUACGAUCUCCAACCAACAACACCAGCAAACCUCCCGCCAUAGACGUCAGCUAUCACAUGGGCGUGCACACAGCGGUGUACAACUACUUCACCUCCCAGUCCGAACAAGCCGCCCCGGGACCUCCCACUGGUCUACGUCCAGAUGCCUCAGAGAAGGCCAAGGCGAGCGGCACAGACCUCUAUGAGCAGAUCGACCGCUUCUAUGCAGACGCUGCCCGCGACCUCUUUCUUGGUGCACCCACAGACGAUACCACGCUCGUGCAUUACCUCGUCCCCUGUUUUAACCGCUACGCCGCUGGCGCACAGUCCGUCAGCCGCCUUCUUAACUACGUGAAUAGGCACUACGUGAAGCGCGCGGUCGACGAGGACCGCGGCUGGCUGCGUCUCGCGGACGUACUCGACGCUGUCGCGCGCACCAUCCAGGAGGACGACACGCGAGAAAAAAUCCAGAAGCGUCUGCGCGAGCGCCGGACGGAGGAGCUCAAGCAGUGGGGCUACACGGAGGGCGCGGCUACCGCGGUGCUCUCGCAAGCGGAGGCGUAUGCGGAGGCUGCGAGCCCGCCCGAUCGCGUCGUUCCCCUUGCGUCCAUGGCGUACCGCCGCUUUCGCAUCGAGGUGCUUGAACCGCUGCUUAUGGUGCCUAAGAUGAAAGGGAAAGGGAAGAGGAAGAAACCACCUGCUAAUGGCGACAAACCACCAAUGCCGCGCGGCCGUCUGGCGCGUGCAGUUAAAGAGCUGCUAGAGUCCGACGGCGGAGACGACGAAGAGAGGAAGAAAUUGGCGGGCGAAUUGGCAAUGGUUCUCAAAACGUGUGGUGUCAAAAUGGAUCAUCCUCUACGCAAGAAACUCGACAAGUACAUCCCUCCUAAGGAAGGGUCAUGAUUUAAUGAUUGCUAUGUAUCGCUGUCCGCAUUCUGUCGCGAUCUGCUAGGUCAUGGUGUGAUUACCUCGCUAUAUGGAAUGCUCUGGAAUGCUUGCGUGUUCAUGACUUUCCGGGGGCUGAGCACCUGAAAGGAAGACACAGCGGCUUCAUCAUUGUUAUUCGAAAGUUUACAAGCUCGUGAGACGGUAGCAACACUGAUAACAA